UUUCUUUCAUUUUUUGUUUUCUUUUUAAAUUUUAAAAUUUUACGUUCCGUAGAAAAAGAUUUAUAUUGCGUCGUGAGUCCAACGAACGCCACAUUUUGCUCCUGGAUCAUACAUUGUAGACGUUUGAGAAGGUCCUUAGCUAAUAUUUAAGCCGUUUCAGAAUCCACUUUCACGAAGGAUCGAAAUUUUCAUUUAGCUUAGAGGGAGGUCAGCUUCAAAUCUUUAAAUUUAACCCAAUUCUUGCGCUCCGAAGUAAUACGAGUUCUGCAGCAUUUUUGUUUUCUGGAUUUGGUUCAUCAUUGCUGUUGUUACCCAUUCGGGAUCUGGCCGCUGCUUAGAUUUAUCGGGCGCUGCGCUUGUUAGGUUGUUCGAAUUACCUCCGUGGUAGAAGAAUAGGCGUUUCAUCUGGCGGAUAAAGGGGAGAAACAUGAUUUCGAGAUCGUAUACAAAUCUUUUAGAUUUGGCUUCUGGAAAUUUUCCAGCAAUGGAAGUGAAAAGGAAGCGGUUUCCACGAGUCAUGACUGUUCCGGGUAAUGUAGCUGAGCUUGAUGACGAUCAAGACUAUAGUGUGACAUCCGAAAACCCAUCAUCAAUUUCCUCAGAUCGGAUGAUAAUUGUCGCCAACCAGCUUCCUUUAAGAGCAAAGCGAAGGGAAGAUGAUAAUUCCUGGAGUUUCAGUUGGAACGAAGAUUCACUGCUUUUACAGCUCAAGGAUGGCUUACCAGAAGACAUGGAGGUUCUUUAUGUCGGUUCACUGAAAGUCGAUAUCCAACCAGACGAGCAAGAUGAGGUCUCCCAGAUUUUGUUGGAGAAAUUUAAGUGUAUUCCUACAUUUUUGCCUCCUCAUAUUUUGGAAAAGUUUUAUGAUGGUUUCUGCAAGAGGCAUUUGUGGCCUCUUUUUCAUUAUAUGUUGCCAUAUUCUGCUGACCAGAAGGGUCGAUUUGAUCGCUCCAUGUGGGAAGCCUAUGUAUCAGCAAAUAAGUUAUUUUUCCAGAAAGUAGUUGAGGUCAUCAACCCAGAUGAUGACUAUAUCUGGAUCCAUGAUUACCAUUUGAUGGUACUGCCCACUUUCUUGAGGAGGCGCUUUAACAGAGUUAAAAUGGGAUUUUUUCUUCAUAGUCCAUUUCCGUCAUCUGAGAUCUACCGCACGCUUCCUGUCAGAGAAGAGAUUCUCAAGGCAUUACUUAACUCUGAUAUCAUUGGGUUUCACACUUUUGAUUAUGCUCGCCAUUUUCUUUCUUGUUGUAGUCGAAUGUUGGGUUUGGAAUACCAGUCAAAGAGAGGCUAUCUUGGAUUGGAAUACUAUGGCAGGACGAUUGGGAUUAAGAUAAUGCCUGUCGGUAUUCAUAUGAGUCGGAUUGAAUCCGUGAUGAAACUGGCAGACGAGGAUGCUAAGACUAGGGAGCUAACACAACAAUUUGCAGGGAAGACGGUAUUGCUUGGUGUUGAUGAUCUGGACAUUUUCAAAGGCAUAAACGUGAAAUUGUUAGCGAUGGAACAGCUACUUAAGCAACAUCCAAAGUGGAAGGGAAAGGCUGUACUGAUCCAAAUUGUAAACCCUGCCCGAGGCAAGGGCAGAGAUUUACAAGAAAUAGAAGAUGAAAUAAAAGAAAGCUGCAGCAGGAUCAACAAGGAAUAUGGGCAUCCUGACUACGAGCCAAUAGUACUUCUCGACAGGCAUGUGCCAAUUACAGAAAGGGUUGCUUAUUAUAGCAUUGCUGAGUGCGUAGUUGUCACUGCUGUUAGAGAUGGGAUGAACCUUACUCCUUACGAGUACGUUGUCUGUAGACAAGGAAUAUCUACCUCCCAAAAAUGUUUAAACUUCAGCGGACCAAGAAAGAGCAUGCUUGUCAUAUCCGAAUUUAUUGGGUGUUCUCCGUCACUGAGUGGAGCAUUUCGUGUCAACCCAUGGAAUGUUGAAAGGACAGCAGAGGCUCUGAAUGAAGCUAUCUCAAUGGCUGAUUCAGAGAAGCAGUUGCGACACGAGAAGCAUUAUCGUUAUGUUGCCACCCACGACGUGGCUUAUUGGUCUCGUAGUUUCUUGCAAGAUAUGGAGAGAACUUGCUCAGAUCAUUUCAGGAGACGAUGUUGGGGAAUUGGUUUUAGUUUUGGAUUCAGGGUUGUAGCUCUUGAUCCCAAUUUCAGAAAACUUUCAAUAGAUGCCAUUGUAUCGGCUUACAGCAGGGCUGAAAGUCGGGCCAUACUUUUGGACUACGAUGGCACAGUGAUGCCCCAAAACUCCAUAAAUAAGUCCCCAAGUGAGCAGGUUAUCUCUAUUCUUAACACGCUUUGUGCAGAUGCCAAAAAUGUAGUCUUCAUUGUGAGUGGACGAGGGAGGGACAGCUUAAGCAAGUGGUUUCGCCCAUGCAAGAAGCUUGGAAUUGCAGCAGAACAUGGAUACUUUUUGAGGCAAUCACAGAAUGAGGAGUGGAAGAUAUGUGGCCAAAGUUCUGAUUUUGGAUGGAUGCAGAUUGCCGAACCUGUUAUGAAAUUAUACACCGAGGCUACUGAUGGUUCUUCUAUUGAAAGAAAGGAAAGUGCUUUGGUCUGGCAGUACCGAGAUGCAGAUCCUGGAUUUGGAUCUGCCCAGGCAAAGGAGAUGUUGGAUCAUUUAGAGAGUGUUUUAGCAAAUGAACCUGUUGCAGUCAAAAGCGGCCAGCUCAUCGUUGAAGUGAAACCGCAGGGGGUUAGUAAAGGCCUAGUUGCUGAAAAGAUAUUUUCAUCAAUGGCUGAGGAUGGAAAACUUGCUGACUUUGUGUUGUGUAUUGGCGACGACAGAUCUGAUGAGGACAUGUUUGAAAUAAUUGGUAAUGCAUUGUCAAGUAAUAUUCUUUCUCCAACAACAUCAGUUUUUGCCUGCACAGUUGGACAGAAGCCAAGCAAAGCCAAAUAUUAUUUGGAUGACACAGCUGACGUGAUAAGCAUGCUAGAAUACCUGGCCGAGGCUUCUAGUCCAUUGCCAUCCUCUGACGACGAAAAAGGUGAAAAUGCUUCUUGAAAGUUGAAACAAAUCCCGUAUCGCUGUUUUGGGACAUGAAGAUCGAAGAUCAAGUGGGAAUUUUUGUACAAGAAGCUGGGUCAUGAAUUGAGAUAACACCCCUAUUCCCCUGUCCUUUAUUUACUUUUUAUAGUUCAUUCUCCUUUCAGCUUUCAUGUUAGUUCUUAACUAAAAACGAAGAAAUCAUUGACCCUGGUUUCAAAUCGACAAGCUUUUGAAGACAGUGGAGGAAUUCUGUGGAAAGAAGUCAAUCUGCGUGGCUCUGAACUUAAACUGCUGGAAGGGAAGAACUCGUCGGGUUGAAAUGCUAUGUUGACUGUACUGACAUUGGAAAUAUUAUGUGGAUAGUUAAAUGAGAGAGAAUAAGUAGCUAAUUUUGCUGCGUCAUUGUGGUAGAAUAGGUCAUUUAGGCCGAGCUCACUCGGCUUAUUUGAGAGGGUUUCUAAUAUGAAGAAUAUAAUUUCAUUUUGUACAUGUUUUUCUUCCUAA